AGUGUGUCGCGUCUAUGGGUGGUGUUGGUAAACGUCUGUUUCAACUCCCAGCCUGACGGAAUUUGUGUUUUUUUUUUUGUGUGUGUGUGUGUGUGUGUGUGUGUAACCACGCAUACACAGUGGCUGCCAAGGCUUACCCAUGAGUUAAACCGUCUUUAGUUGGUAAUGAGGAAGGCGUGGGCUCUAGCAGUGGACACCCGAAGGCAGCAGUGGGUGAAAACAAGCAAAAUAAAGAAAAGUUUGGCUGUGAGAAGGUGCUAGACAGCCAGCCAUAGUGAGGAGGGGGCAUCGUCCACCAGCCAUCACCACCACAGGGAAGAUACUCAGAAACGGAAGAAACUAGUAAAACAAUCGUAAAUAGACAGAAGAGAUGCCAUGACUAUUAUUCUGGCGUGCAGAGACGUGGCAGCAGACUGUUUGUUGACAAGAGGAGAGGAAGAAGAAGAGGAAGAGGAGGAGAUCAACAGAAGCAAUCGCACACGUCUUUCAUUCCUGACCCUCCUGACAGACUGACAGAAUGAUCUCCGACGUGCAGCUGGCAGUGUUCGUCAACAUCCUGGGAGUGUCGCUGUUCCUCAUGGUCGUGCUGUACCACUACAUCGCCGCCAACAACCCCAAGAGUCACUAGCGAGGCGGUGGGACCCUAGGGGGGAAGGCCACAAGGCAGCUUAAGGAAGGGAGGCAGGAGGAGCCGCCGCCAUGGUGAAGAGGUACUACUGUGACUUCUGUGACUGUUCCUACCCUUACAGUGAUGAGGCGUUCAAGAAGCACCGCACGGGACACCACCACAUCAAGCAACGCAGGGCACACUAUGAUAAAUUCAAGAACGCACGGGAGAGGCUGGAGGACGAGGCUAAGAAAAGCAAGUGUCGCCGUUUUCUUUCGGGGCAGGAGUGUUCGUUUGGCGACUCCUGUGUGUUCUCCCACCUCACCCAGGCUGGCACUGAGGCACUCCAACAGCUGGCACUAGAAGAAGAGAGACAGGAACGCAAGAUGCAGAUCCCAACGGCACAGAGAGAAGGACUUGACCUCUCUGUUGACUCCUGGCUCAAGCAACGAAAAGUACCACUCACUGAAGACUCUGACGCUCUGCCUGGCCCUGCUCCUGACCCUGUAGAGAUCCUGGCACCCCUGAACACCCCUCUGCCACCUGCUUUGCUAUCCCUGCCUCGCUUGCCCCCUUCCCUCGCUCCUGUCACACCUCAAUGCUACCUUCAAGUGGAAUUUGCUGAGUGGGGUUGAGUGUUUGGGUGUUCAAAUAGAUGGACUUUUUUUUUUUUGUUUUUUAUUCUUUAGAAGGAAAUAAAAUGGAAGUUAUGAUACAAAUAAA